GCUGCACUCUCUGCACUUUCCCUAUUUAAAAGAAUAUGUAUUCGCGCUUAGAAAAGAAAAUGAUAAUAGAGAAAUGUCAAAAUAUAUAAAAUGUUAUUUAAAAAAUGAUCAAAAAAUGCAAGAAUAUGUUUAAUUCAGUUGUAGUAUGACUUUCUCUUUUUCUUUUAUCAGCUAAAAUAAAAUAUGUGAUGUAUAUCUCACAUAUUACUUUAAGCGCAGAAAGUGUAAAGGUUCAACCAAAACAAACAGAUGUCACGUCUUGUAGUUCUGCAGUAAUCUGCAGUUUGCUUGCAAUUUGUUCGUACGAGAUAUUAUAAUAACAUUUGUACGACAACAACCGGCAAUGGGAUCGAAAAUCUGGAAAUGGAAAAAUAUACCAGGCAUCCCAGGCCGAUGCAACGAUAUACUUUAUACACCGCCAAAGUUGCAGCCAACACACGAUCUUCUUGUAUUUUUUGGCGGUGACGUCCAAGAUAUUCGAGAAAAUAUGGAGAAGCAUCCAGAUAGUAAGAAAUAUAUGAAAUGGAAUUUAGAAAACACUGCAACUAUACUCUCUGAACAAUUUCCUAGAAGUCAUGUAUUUGUUGUUCGUCCAGCCAGGAUGUUAUUAACUAAAAAUGCAGUUUUUAGUUGUUUCGAUAACUUUGUACCAGGAGACAAAUAUGGUACACCCUCAUUUUGCCCAAUGCACAAAGCUUUAAAACAUUUAAGAGAACUCCUUGUUUGCUGCCUAGAACAUAUUCAAACAUUAAAAGUGGAAGAAGAUAUUGAUGAUGUUCAUAAUAUUGAAGCAAUAAAUUUAAAUCUAAUGGGCUUCAGUAAAGGAUGUGCGGUUUUAAAUCAAUUUCUUUAUGAAUUUCACUAUUAUGCUGAAAAUCCAAGUGACAAUAUUAAUAUAAAUAAUUUUAUAAAACUCAUCAAAAGUAUGUGGUGGUUGGAUGGCGGACACAAUGGUUCCAAAAAUACAUGGAUUACAGAACACAGUAUACUUCGAUCUUUUGCUAAAUUAAGAAUAAAUGUUCAUGUACACGUUACGCCAUAUCAAAUGCGUGACAUUCAUCGGCCAUGGAUUGGUUUGGAAGAAAAUAAGUUCAAUGAGAUAUUAAAAAAUAUGGGAGUCUCUGUAGAACGAACUUUACAUUUUGGCGAUAGACCGCGAAGUUUAUCAUCGCAUUUUAAUAUUCUUACAAAUAUCGGAAAUAAUGUAGAAUAAAGUCGUUUCUUUUAUACAUUUCUCAAAUGUUGAAUGUUGAAAAUAUAUUAAUUAAGCAUUUAUCUAUAAAAUUAAUAGAAUAAUAGAUAUCAACUGUUUUCUCAGGAGAAUUUCUCUUAAGAAUGAGAACAAGCAUAAAACUAUACGUAAAUUAUUAUCAUCGAUAAUAUAAUUGUGUAAUUUAAUUCCUGUGUUGCAGAUUAUUUAAACAAAUAAUUUAAUAGAAUCUAUUUUAUGGAAUAUUCCUGCAAUAUGUACAUUAACUUGUCCAAAAUAUCAUCUAAUCUAAUCAUAAAUAAUAACGUUCAUUAAGUACAAAUAUAUGUGAUAUAAUAUUUACAGUAUUAUUACAAUUACUGUGCGCGUACACUUUUUAUGAUAUUAUUAAUUAUAUUAUGAUAUUAUUAAUUUAUAUUUAUGAUAUUACAUAAUAUGCUAUGUGAUAUUUUUUAAAUAAUUAAAACUAAUAGAGAUUAUAAUUGUUUAUUUUAAUUCCCUAAGGAUAAAAUCAUGAUUCCCAUUUUUUAUACAAAUUUCAUUGCAUCUCUAA